UGGGCCGUACAAACACCAGAGACCUUCGCGGUCGCUCAGCAGUGACGUACCACGCAGCAGGCGGUGAGGACGUGCGCGCCCUUCCUCCUUCCUCUUUCUCGACUCCAUCUUCGUGGUUGCGGCUGCGGUGGCCGUAGUUCAGUCGCCGACAUGCAGCUCUUUGUCCGCGCCCAGGAGCUACACACCCUCGAGGUGACCGGCCAGGAGACGGUCGCCCAGAUCAAGGCUCACGUAGCCUCUCUGGAGGGCAUCGCUCCAGAAGAUCAAGUCGUGCUCCUGGCGGGCACGCCACUAGAAGAUGAGGCUACCCUGGGUCAGUGUGGAGUGGAGGCUCUGACCACCCUGGAAGUAGCCGGCCGCAUGCUUGGAGGUAAAGUCCAUGGUUCCCUGGCCCGUGCUGGGAAAGUAAGAGGGCAGACUCCUAAGGUGGCCAAGCAGGAAAAGAAGAAGAAGAAGACCGGUCGUGCCAAGCGGCGGAUGCAGUACAACCGGCGCUUUGUCAACGUUGUGCCCACCUUUGGGAAGAAGAAGGGCCCCAAUGCCAACUCUUAAGUCUGUCGUGAUCCCGGCAUUCCCCAAUAAAGCCACUUAGUUCAGA